AUGGAACAGACGACAAGAAUCCGGAAGAGAGUUCCAAAAUCCUGUCGUCGCUGCCAUCGACGGAAACAGCGCUGUGUUGGAUAUCCCACCUGCGCCAACUGUAGUGCGGCAAAUGAACCUUGCAUGCGCUUGGAGAUGUCUCCAUCUUGGCACCAUGGGAUGUCCAAGGGCGCAUUGGCACAGCGGAUUGAGGCUUUAGAAGCGCAUCUUUCUGCAAUUACUGAAGGCUUACCUUCGACCAGCGGAGAGCAACCUGUUGGCUCGCCAGAGGGUACGCCGUGUGCGCUUGAAGAACAGACCGAGGUGGAACCUAGAGAGAAGAACAGGGCGACCGCAUACUUUGGACCUUCAUCCGGUGUGACCCUUACGGAGAACUUGAGUCAUAUGGUUGAGGAUGCCGCCUGGACCAAUAGAUCGAUUCCGAUCCAUAGUACCGAACGUCAUGAACCACUAUCGCCUGCCCCCACGGCUGAGCAGGGCAAGGCUGUGCCACCUGACGAUGCGGUCGGGAGGCAGCUCCUUGAUGCAUACUUCAUUAACAUGCACACGCGACAACCAUUUAUCAACUGCGCGGAGAUUCUUCAGCUACACUCUAAACGAUACGAUGCGCCCGGCGCUGGCCAGUUAGAACAAUACGGAAUGUUCAAGCUAUUCAUGGUGUAUGCUAUCGGCGCAGCGAUGCUACAGCUCACUGAACAGUAUGAGUCGACUACGGCGAGUGCAUAUUAUGCUACAGCAAUGCAGUAUGAUAGUGCUCUGCGAGAAUCGCUGUCUAUUGCGGGUAUCGAAGGACGGGUGUUGAUGGUCAUAUACGAACUACGAUCGAGCUCUAGCUCAAGCUUGUGGUACAACAUCGGUAUGGCGAUGCGGAUAUGCAUCGACCUGGAUAUGCACCGCGAAUCACACUACAGGACAAUGAAACCAUUGGAGGCGCAGCUGCGCCGAAGGCUAUUUUGGAGCGUAUAUGUGAUCGAGCGACAUGUUGCAUGGUCCCUCGGACGGCCAUUCAGUAUAGCAGAGGACGAAAUCGAUGUACAGAUUCCGGCUGAUAUUGAUGACCCGACUAGCAGGUAUGCUGAGGUAGAACACACCAUUGGUGACUUGUCAUCAGAUAUUACGCAUGGGGCGAAUAUACCGGCUAUCAGACGGUUCAUUGCGACAGUACAUUUGCAACGGAUCAUGUCCCGCACUCAUACCAAGAUUUACCGCGUAGACAGAAACACCUCUGCUUUGCUACCGGAAUUACCCCCAUUGCUGGCCUCGCUGGAGGAGUACAAGAGGGGUUUACCUCCCUUACAACCAGGCGAUAAUGACUUUAUUCAAAUGCACUGGAACAAUUGUGUUCGCGCGCUGCUGCAGCCAUUUCUGAGUAUUCUCGAUCCAGAGGAUGACCUCAUCAGAACAUGUUUGCACGUAUCGGGCCAAAUGUGCCAAUUGUUUAAGCGUUCGCAACAAAAGGGCCUGUCAGGGUACUCUUUCCUCUUAGUAAAUUCGGUAUAUAUGGCCGGACUCACAAUGUGCUUUUGUUUAUUUCGAUCUCCCCGUCUAUGGAGAACGAACGUGGCAAAUGAUCUCCGUGCUUGCUCGUCUGCCAUAUUUGCUAUGGCGGAGCGGAAAUCCAGCUUCAGGAAAUAUCGCGACGACUUGGAGAAUAUGAUCAACCGAGCUAUGGCCUUUGUAGAUGAGACGUUGAUCCAUAACCCGUAUAUACCAAGCCAACCAGCACCAGGCGUGGAAGAAUCUUCAGGGUCUCAUUUCGCCAACCUUGAGAAUUCCAAGGAUUCCAUGGCGAGCACACUCGAUCUACAGAGUGCAGCUAUUCUAGAGGCUCACGAGCAAGAGGCUUCACUCAAUACGGGAAAUCCAUUUGCAGGUGUGUCCUUGGAAGACUUUUGGCCCGGCGAAAGUCUUAAUCUCCCUACAUUGGAUGUGUUUGGCUUUGGUUGGGAUAAAUUAGGUGCGGAGUAA